CUGGUCACCAUCUCCAUCACAAGAGCGCUUUCCCCAGCAGCCAUGGACAGCAUACACUCGCCUUCAGUACCUUUCUCCCCAUGGUGAUCAGUCAGAGAACAAACCCAGGUAGUCACACGCCUUAGACAAUAUGCUCGGCCGCACCAAAGCCGCCCUGGGCCUGGCCGGGUCAACCGCCAGUGGAUCCUCCUCGUCCUCUAGCAGCAGCGAGAGUCGGCUCGGCGUACCCCAACCCAAUGGCAGCAGGUCGUCCACACCAUCCACGGCUACCAGGAGGCCCUUAUCGCGGUCCAAUUCGGCAUCGCAUCGGUAUACCUCUUCGCCGCAGAGGGCAGCCAAUCACAUUGGAUCAGUCGUGGAUGACUGGCCCAUGUACUCAUCACAGCCAGAGGACUACAUCCUAGGCGAUGUCAUCGGGCACGGAGCAUCCUCGACUGUCUACCAAGCCGCCUUCCAGCCCUUGAAUGGUAGAGCAUGUGCAGUCAAGGUCAUCGACCUCGAAGCCUUUGGGAGGGACACCGACGAGCUCAGGCGAGAAACACAGCUCAUGUCCUUGUCCAAGCACCCAAAUGUUCUCCGUGUCCGAGGCUGCUGGGUCCAGGAAACAAAGCUCCACAUCGCUACUCGAUUGAUGAGCUCGGGUUCCAUGCUGGACAUCAUGCGCUUUGCUCACACUGACGGAUUUCACGAGGACGUCAUCUGCACAGUGCUCAAGCAGGCACUGCAAGGACUCGACUACCUACACGUCAAUGGCUGGCUGCACAGGGACCUCAAAGCUGCCAAUCUACUCGUAGACGAAGACGGUACGGUCCUCUUGGGCGAUUUUGGCGUAGGCGUCUGGGUUGGAGAGGGUCGCUCGAUAGGCCGAAGCGGCAGUGUGGGCGGCAAACGCAAGUCCUUUGUAGGAACGCCGUGCUGGAUGGCCCCCGAGGUCAUCUCUCGCCGAGACUACAGUUCCAAAGCCGACAUUUGGUCUUUCGGUAUCACCGCUUUGGAGCUCUCGCAGGGUCAUGCUCCUCACUCCCGUCUCCCUCCAGUAAAAGUUCUGAUGAAGACGCUCGAUGAGGAGUCUCCCAGAUUGGACAUGGUUGGAGGAGCCCACCGCUACUCCAAAACCUUCGCAGAUUUUGUCGAUCUUUGUCUACAAAAGGAACCGGACAAGCGGCCAUCGGCUGCAGUUCUCCUCAAGCACCCCUUCUUCAAGCAUGCAAAGCCUCAGAAAUACCUGAUCAAUGCGAUUCUAGCAGAUCUGCCACCCCUAAGCGAGCGGCAGGAAAGAUUCAAGAAGAGGGCCAUGAGCAUACAGACUUCUCGCUAUCUUCAGAGCUGGGACUUCAACGUCGAAUCUCCAACGACCAGCCCCUCUGUCGGCAGGAUGCUGAACCUUACCGCCUCCGCAGGCAGUGGAAGCUUCGACCCCUUCUCGGGCUUCGAAGGGAGCGUCAGCAGCCCUGGCCCUGCCAGUGCACGUAGUAGCAGGAUAGCUCCGCGGCGCGUGAGGAUGCAAUCUUCUUCUAGCUCCACUGGGGCGACGGGCGAAUCUGCUCCACUGGCUCCUACCUCUGGAGGCGGGAUUGUGAAGAAGAUAUUGAGCAUAGACGGCGAGCAUGCGAUUGUCGUCGAAGACGAGGAUGGGCUCGAGGACAGUCACCCGGACUUUCACGAUAGCGAAAAUGUCCAAGAGGCCGACGAGGCACUGGCUAGUGGCACGUCUGCUCUCGCUUUGAACUUCGCGAUGCCUGCCUCUUCUCCGGAGGACGCCGCAGGCUCCUCGACAGGGCAUGUUGAAGGCACACGAAGCGCCAUGACAUCCUCGCCUUUAGGAGAUAGAGCAGAGCCGAAUCACCAUCCAGAAGAGCACCACAUGGAAGGGUCACCAGGCCGAAAACUACGUAUAGCGUGAGCAUCUUGGGAGUGUCCGAUGUGAGGAGUCUCGGUCGGACGGUAUCGUGUCGGACUUCUUCUACCCUAACCUCGGAGGAGUGGAAGGUCAUAUCUCGGAAAUAUCUGCCCUCCUGGUUGCGCCCCCAUUCAACCACCAUGUGGUCAUCAUCACCCACGCCUACGCUCCAUCGCGCAUUGGCGUGCGUCAUCUCUCGACUGGCGUGACGGUGUACUACCUCCCGCUGAAAGUGAUAGCCUCGCAGGCCACGCUUCCGAACUUCUUCACCUCACACCCACUCCUUCGGUAUAUCUUCAUCCGGGAACGCAUCCAGCUGGUGCACGCCCACCAAGCCCUCAGCUCGCUCGCCCACGAAGCUCUCUUCCACGCCAGGG